AUGAUCUCGGAAUGCAAUCCGCAUCUGAAUUGGGUGUUUUUCCACUCGACCUAUGAUAUUGGACACUUAAUUAAGAUCCUGACCCAAAAGUCACUUCCAGAUCAGUCAAUUGAAUUUCUGAAAUUGGUGAAGAUGUAUCUGGGAGAACGAUGUUAUGACCUCAAAGAAAUCCUUUCAGUUGAACCUUUCUGGUGGCGGCAAUGUGGGCUCGACAGAGUUGCUUCAAAUUUCAACAUUAAACUAUCUGCCGGACAGAGUCAUCAGGCAGGGUCCGAUAGUUUGCUGACAAUGGACUGUUUCUUUGCUGCAAUGAAGGUCUUAUUUCAUCAUAGAGGGGACAGUGGCUUAAAAUUUGCAUUUCAGGCCUUCAACUAG